AUGCAGAACUAUGAGGAGUUGGUGUCCUUCCUUGGAGGCUGGGGUCCUUUCCAGCGGAGAGUCUUCUUUCUGCUCUGUCUCGCCUGCAUUCCAUGUGGGUACAACGUCUUGUGUGUAUUCUUCCUGCUGGCAGUCCCGACACACCACUGCAGAAUCCCAUUCCACACAAACCUGAGCCAAGAGUGGAUCCAAGCCAGCAUCCCACUACAGCAGGGGCUGGAAAGAAGCAGCUGUCAUCGGUACCAGCUGGACCUUGUGCAGAAUCUGUCAGUGCUGGGGUCAAGUACCAACAUGUCGCUGUCCCACCUGAGGCAGGAAGGUUGUAAGGAUGGAUGGACCUACGACACCCAGUACUUUGAGUCUACUGUUGUCACACAGUUUAACCUCGUUUGUGAGGAACAGUGGAAGCAACCCCUGACCUCCCUCUGCUAUUUCCUGGGUGGACUCGUUGGUUGCUUCGCCUCAGGCCAGAUUUCUGACCGGUUUGGCCGAAAACCAGUCAUAUUUGGCUCCAUAGCGAUUCUGAGCAUCUUCAGCGGAGCUUUAGUGUUGGCUCCAUCCUGGCCGAUCUUCACUAUCAUCUUCUUCAUCAUGGGCAUGGGCCAAAUAACCAGCUACAUUGUCAUCUUUGUAAUGGGUUCCGAGCUACUGGUGGGGUCGGCAAGAGUGAUAUUUUCAAAUGUGAGCUUACCUUUCUUCUACGUAUUCGGUAUGAUGUUGAUGCCCUGCACAGCCUACCUGAUCAGAAGAUGGACACACCUGAGCUUGAUCAUGACUGUGCCUGGUCUGCUCUGUAUACCCUUCUGGUGGUUGAUUCCAGAGUCUCCACGUUGGCUGCUGUCCUGUGGUCGUUUGGAAGAGGCAGAGUUAAUGCUGAGGUCAGCAGCUCUGAUGAAUCGAGUGGAGGUGCCACGAGGAGUAUUACAUCUGCCCAAGAGUGAAAAAGCAUCCCUAGAGAAGACUGACUCAGUGACCGUCUGGGAUCUGCUGAAGACGUCAAAUAUGCGGACAAACACCCUCAUUCUAUGGCUUAUAUGGUUUUCUUCCGCCAUUUGCUACUUCGGCAUGUCAUUCAACAUGUCUGACCUCAAUGGAAGCCCAUUUCUCAACUACUUCCUAGUGAGCGCAAUCGAGUUACCUGGCUUCAGUGCGUCCUGGCUGGCAGCUCGGAGUCUUCCUCGCCGCCUGUCUUACAUCAGCUUCACUCUACUUGGGGCUCUGGCGCUGUUGCUGAUUCAGAUUACUAUGCAGAGUCAUCCCACUGUGACCCUGGCUCUGGUGAUAGUAGGGAAAUUUGGUGUCGUGGCAGGUUCAGGGUUGUUGUACUUGUUCACAGGUGAACUGUCACCAACCGUCAUCCGCAACACCUCCAUGUCAUCCUGUGCCACGUUCUCAAGACUGGGCUCAGCUGUCUCACCGUACCUGUUGCAGUUGGCUGUGUUCUAUCAGUUCCUGCCAUGGAUCAUAGUCGGUUCUCUGUCACUGCUCAGCGUGCUACUGUGCUUCUUCCUGCCAGAGACGUUCAGGAAGCCCCUUCCUGAUACCAUCCAGCAGGUGGAAGACAUGCCCAGGUUCAAGUGGGCCGAUGCUUUCUGCUCACCUCCCGUAGAUGAUGAAAAGUCUGGAAAAGACCAGCACAUUCCCACAAAUGUCAUCUGCAUGACUCAGUUAUAGUUUUUACAGGAAAGAGGUGGGAGAUCAGAUGGAUUUUUUUGUUUAAAUCUGCUGGCAAGCGUUACAGAACAUUGGUGUGCAAUGUUCGUUUGUUUCUUAAUUAUUUAAAUAUGGGUUUUAGAUAACAGAAUGUUACAUCUUC